AUGUUUCGGCAAACAGUUACAUCACUGGAGAAACUUGUUAUUGUGGAGUCCCCCAACAAAGUCAUUAAGAUUGAGGGGCUUCUGAGCAAUCCAAAGGUGAUUCCCGACUGGUCGUUCAAGCAGGGGCACCUCAAGUGCGUAGGAAUAGGUGCUGAGAAAGCAGUGGCAAUGGCAACGACCGGCCACUUCAUGGCUCUGAAGGAAAUUACCUGGAUAACACAUCCCCUACCCCCAUCGAGUGCAGGGGGAAAACCGCAAGAAUAUGAUGGGGAGGCAUUCCCCUCUAGCGGUACCCUUGCAGAGUACACUCUCGAGUGGGAACCGUUACCAGGCCGCCGUAUCCAGGAAACACUUGAGCGCUACAUCGAGGGGAAGGUAGAGAAUGUGUCUGAAAUUAUUCUUGCAACGGACCCUGAUCGUGAAGGUGAGCUAAUCGCUGUCCAUGCCCUUCAGACGAUAAAGCGACUGUAUCCGAAACUGAAGGUUCCCUUUUCACGGGCGUACAUGCACAGCAUUACGGAGGAUGGUAUUCGUAAAGCUAUGAAAGAGCGGAGUUUGAAUAUAUGUGAUUACGACCUCGCAAGUGCCGCGGAGACACGUCACGUAAUGGAUCGUUUUUUUGGCUUCUUAGGUAGUUCCGUGGUUCGCGCGGCCAAUUCGCAGAUGCGUUCAAUUGGCCGUGUACAAACACCCGCACUGAUUCUCAUCAAUGAGCGUGAGGAUAAGAUUAGCGCUUUCUUGGAGAGGAACAAAUCAACGUUUGUAGUUGAGGCGACGUGCCAGUUUCCAGUUCCGCACGGCACAACCUUUUCCCAGGUUGUGGACAUUCAUUCAGACCGCCGAGGGGCACCGUCACAAUGGAAUACGGCAGCGGAGGCUAAUAACUGCUUGGAGCACUGGAAGCUAGACGGUUGCCACAGUUUCAGCAUUCCACACGAUCCAAUUGUCACCCCGUCAAAGGUUCCGCCCCCGCAGCCGCUUACGAUGGCGGCGGCAAUCACAAAGUUGAACCGACAGAUGAAGUUAAGCAGUGAGAUGGUCAGCGGUUACCUUCAGGAUCUGUUUCAGCUGGGUCAUAUUACGUACCCCAGGACGGACAGUACGCGGAUAGAUGAGAGUGCAUUGAAGGAUAUUUACAAUGCCGUGAAGAAGAAUUUCGGCAAGGAAUUUCUGUAUCGUCUUGAGGACCGACCAGCCUCAGGUGGGGAUGGUAAAAGGGGGAAAAAACAAACCAAAAAAAAGACUGCAAAAAGGGGGAAAAACUCGGGGACCCCGGUGGGAAAUGUCGAGGAUGCUCAUGAGGCAAUCCGACCAACAAACAUCAACGUUCAGGGGGAUUCACUGUCACUUUCCCCAGAAACGAGAGCAGUGUAUGAACUUGUCCGUAGACAGACUCUGGCAGCUUUCAUGAUCCCACAGGUCGUUGAGAAGAUUGUGGCAGACGUUAAAUUUGUUAGCGGUAGCGGAGAGAAAUUGACUCUCACGUUAGGUGGCAAGCGGGUAGUGGAGCCGGGAUGGACGCGCGCCUUUCAUAAGGGAGACUCGGGAAACUUAUCUCUUCAUGUCGGCGCUGAGGAGGGUGCCGAUGCGGGUGAUGAGGGCGCUCCCACCAUGUGUUCGCUGUCCCAGGAGGAAUUUUAUGCUAUCUUAAACCUCCGACGCGUGCUGAACUCGCCGAACCAGCAGCACCUGUUUGAGCUACGUUCUCCGACUAUACGUGAGAAUCGCCCGGUUCCCCCAAUGCCACACUCGGAAGGGACGCUCAUUGAGGAACUGAAGAGGAAUGGUGUAGGAAGACCCAGCACGUAUCCCUUAAUAGUCAAGACACUCUUAGCCCGCGGUUACAUUCAGGUGAAUGCAAAGGGCCGCUGUGAAACGACGCCGGUGGGAAGGAUGCUUGUGGAAACGGCCAAAUCGACUUUCCCGUCCAUAGUUGAUCUUGGUUUCACAGCAUCUUUUGAGAAGCAACUUGAUACAGUCGCCAAGCCCCACCCCAAUAAGCGACCGGCUUUCCUGCGCUCCACAAAGAUUUCUCAGGCAGACUACGUGUUGUCUAUGUUCCUUUCAACAUUCCUCAACUACGUGUCGGAGGCUGCGUGCACUCAGCGGGCCCGCAUUAUCGAGCGCUCGAUGCGACUGAAGCGUGAUCAGGAGGGAGGCUCUGGAAUAGGGGAUGCAGAGUUUGAGGAGAGCGUAGUUGCAGCCAGAAGAAAAGUAACGCUGGCUUCCACGGAUUUGGUGACACUUCCCAAAACAUACAACAACUUCUCCACGUUGCAGCGAAACUUGAAUGAAUAUCUUCGACACAAUUUUCCACCGUCGCAGGUUAAUGGCUCACCUGCUCCGUCGCCGACUGUUGAUGCUCCACGUAGUCGUAGAGGUGGCGCCGGCACGUCGAGGGGUGUUGCGGGCGGUGGGUGA